AAGAUCAAUCUUCACUUAAUCUAUUCUUUUCAACAUCCAAGCUGCUUGGAACAAAAUGUGGACAAUACCAUAAUAUAGUUUAUAUAGUGUAAACCAUUUGUGUUAAUGUAAUUUGUUGUAUAUACUGUAAAUAGUGAACUCGUCUGUUAUAAUUGGACAUACCCGAUUUAAAGUUUGAGCCACGUGUCUUGGUAUUCAUCGAAUCUCCUCUCAACAGUCUCAGCGUCUUGUAAGGCACAUGGUAUUAGCUGCAAGUAUAAAUUUGAUACAACACGAAUGCAGAGAAGAAAUUUGCCCCAGCAUCUAGAGGGUACCGAAGAACCUGUUGCAUGUGACUUUACGUAUUUUGGCUGCAAGAAAAUGGGAUCUAAAUCGGAAUUAAAGGAACAUAAAAUAAAAGAUGUUAAUCAACAUUUAGAAUUAAUGGCACGUAAUAUUAGGGAGAGAGAUAAACACCUCAUGGUAGCGCAGCAUGCUUCUGUAGCUAAUGUAACAGAUGAUAUAAAAGCUAAGAUAUUAUUAGUAGAAAAUGGUAUUAAAGAUUUAAAGCUGAAUCUAGCUGGAAUAACUGAAAAAGUUACAACAAUGGAGAGAAAAUUGGCUGAUCUACCAAGUCAAGUGGAUUUUGAACAACCGGCUCGGGAUAUCGUUGAUAUAAAAGGGAGAGUUGCCACUUUAAGCGAACAAUAUGACACCUUUACGCACCAUCUCCAUGGUAACACUGAAAUAAGUAUAGUCGGAAUGAAUCGACUAGAAGGAGCAUUGGAACAAGCAUGUCACAACGAGACAUUAAUCCAGAACCAUGAUGGUAGAAUAGCUGAAAUGGGUCAGCGAUUUCAGAUAUUAGAAGCGGCAAGUUACAACGGUGUAAUCAUAUGGAAGAUCAAAGACUACAUGCGAAUAAAACAGGAUGCCGUCAAUGGGAGAAUACUGGCUUUAAAUUCCCGACCAUUUUAUACCAGUAAAUAUGGAUACAAGAUGUGCGUUAGGGCGUUUUUGGACGGAGAUGGUAUGGGCCAAAAUACCCACGUUUCCUUGCUCUUUGUGGUCAUGGGCGGAGAAUUUGAUGCCUUGUUACCGUGGCCAUUCCAACAAAAGGUCACAUUAUACAUCAUGGAUCAAGGCCCAGGUAAACGCCAUCUAAGCGACCAUUUUCACCCGGAUGCUACAAGUACAAGUUUUAGACGACCGGUUUCUGAGAUGAACGUGGCCUCAGGCUGUCCACUGUUUGUCAGCCAUACUGUUUUAGAAAGCAACUCAAACCAGUAUAUAAAGGAUGAUACUUUAUUUAUACGCUGUAAUGUAGACUUAAAUGGCUUGGAUAACGUUUAAUGUAGACAGAGCUGAAUAU